GUGGGAUAAAGUUUGUAAGGAUAGGAAACAAGGGGGGAUGGGUAUUAAAGACCUUAAGAUGUUUAAUUUAGUGUUGUUGGGGAAAUGGUGGGCGAGAUUAGUUAAUGAGCAAGGAGGCUUAUGGAGAAGAGUGCUCUUAGAUAAAUAUGGAGGGGAAGGAGGAAGCUGGGGAGAAUGGAUAACAGAGGGGCAGAACAGGGGAUCCAGCUGGUGGAAAGAUAUUUGCAAAAUUAAUGAGUUGAUUGAGGGGAAACGGGAUUGGGUGAAGUCGGGCUUUAAGUUGGUUAUAGGAGAUGGUGCUAAGGUCUCCUUUUGGAGACAAGUGUGGGUGGGACCUCAUAGCUUAGAAGUAAUGUUCCCUCGAUUAUCUUAUCUUUCCAUAGAUAGACAAAGUACGGUGCAGCAAAUGGGAGAAUGGAUAGGUGGUUCAUGGAGAUGGAGAUUAAAAUGGAGGAGAAGAUUAUCAACAAGGGAACAGGACCAAGAAACACAACUUCGGAGCACCAUACAAAAUGUGCAAAUUCGAAAAGACGCCGACAAUAAAUGGUGGUGGAGAUAUGAAAAAGACGGUGAAUACACAGUAAAAUCAGCAUACAAGAUGCUAACAACAACAGAAGAAGGGGAUGAAAUCAAAUGUCUUAAGAGAUGUUGGAACUCGACAAUCCCAUUGAAAAUCUGUGCUUUUAGUUGGCUGUCAGUGCUUGGACGUACACCUUGCAAGGUAAAACUCAUGAAGAGAAAUAUCAUUAGACAAGAAGCAGAUGCUAAGUGCAGUUUCUGUGCAGAAAUAGCAGAAAAUGAGGACCACCUACUACUGUGCUGUGAUUUUUCAAGAAAAGUUUGGAACAAAAAUCUCGCAUGGUGGGAAAUCAAGUAUGUCAUGGCCAGGAGUUGUAAGGAUGCUUUUCUCCAACAUAGCUGGGCGGGUAGAAACCAAAAAGGGUGGCAGGUGAUAUGGUAUGCCAGAAUAUGGGCCUUAUGGUCAACUCGGAACCGUAGAAUUUUUGAGGCAAAGCAAGUGUCCAUUGACGAAGUGUUCCACAUGGUACAAUACAACUCUUACUGCUUGAUAAAGAGCAAAAUUGAAGGCUGGACAUACUCUUUUGCGGACUGGUGCAAUGCUCCAAGUAGAUGCCGAAUAGUAAAAGUUCCAAAACCAAGAUUGAUAGAGCUUGAGCAAGGUGAGCUGAUAUGAUGUCUGCAGUAACACCAUAUGAAAGUGUUUUUUAAACAGUAGGGAUUUCCCGUGCCAGUGGGUUUGAUGAUCAAAACAGUGAGAUGUGGAGAAAUUGCAAAAAAGGACAGAAAACCCGACACGGGUGUGGUGUCGAUACAUAAAUUUGGUGUCGACAC